AAUCAUGAUCUAUGCAAAGCACACAGUUCAGGUCAUAAGGUAGCGAGUGUUGUGGUGUGGAAUGAUGCUUCAAUUGCUAACCUUUUGCAUUGAAAGCCUCAGUUGGAGUAACAGCGAUUGGGACUGUGUUGUGCUCACUAGGUGUCGAGAGCAGAGGAAGUUUCUCUGCCACGCAGGGAUCCAGGCGGGACUCUCACUUCACAUCUCAUUCCCCAAAUGGAUCUCCUCAAACAGAUGGGUUUAGCAAAUCAGUUUCCAUUGGCACCGCCGCCAACACUCAACCGACCGAGAGCACACAAUGAUAGGAAUGGGAGCACAUUGCCUGAUCCCGGUGGUCCUGAGGAUGGAGCUACGUACGAGGCCCCCCCGAUUCAGCGCGCAAUGCGACAUGUGGUCCCUCCCAUAUCGGUCUGUGAGAACGUGUACAUAGAACGACCGGUGCCAUCCAUUGGCUUACCUAAGGCUUUGCCUAAACCAUCUGUAGACAGAAUGAGGAAACCUUUGUGGAAUAAAAUGGUCUCGAAUGCUGGGUUACAAGACAAUUCUGAAGUUAAUGAAGUAUAUAUUGAUCCUACAGAUGACAAGACUGUCAGAGGUUCUCAGAUGAACACGGCUUUGUUUCCCAUCCCUCACCCACCUCGUGCCAGGCCCCCUCAGCCUCCAGCACAGAGCCUGAAGCCUGAAGACAAUGAGGAGUAUCUGAACCCAGAAGAAUUGGGAGGAAUGAACCCAUUCCACAAGUCAAUAUCUUCAAAUGGCAAGACUUUCCCAAUGCCAGUGGUAAAACCUCCUAUUCCCAAUCGAAAGUCAGACAGCGUCUCUGACUUACUGACUAAACCCUGGUACUCCAGCAAGUCUGACCGCAGAGCAGCAGAAGUGGCAUUACGUGAAAAUGGCAAGGACGGGGCCUUCCUGGUGAGGCCGAGUUCAGGAAAUAACAGGAAGCACCCCUACACCCUGGUGAUCUUCUACAGAAGAAAAGUCUACAACAUUCCCAUCCGUUUUAUUGAUCGCGGCCACCAGUAUGGGCUGGGCACAGAGAAGGCAGGAGAAAAGCUCUUUGACAGCAUUCCCACUAUCAUUCGUUACUAUCAACAGAAUUCACUGAUCCUCAUUGAUGCACAAAAAAACUCCAAAGAAAUGACCUUCCUGAGUUACCCCGUGCGUUUGUAAACACAUCCCAGAGAGAGUCCGAACUGCCAUUCAAUGAAACUCAAUCUACUUUAAUAAUAAUAAUCCUUGCAUUUGAUAUCGCGCUUUUCACGUCUUCUAGAUGUCUCAAAGCGCUUCACAGGAGUGACUGUAAAGGUAAUUGACUCUUUGGGAGCAAAGAAGCAACUGUGGACCUUCAGUGAGAUAUCUACCAUAAUAACCAUAAUAAUCAGUGCAACAUUGUCACAGCUCAUGUCAUAUCACCGCACUCGGGACGUAGGAUUGGUAUAAAGUGGGAUAAAUUUAUGCUAAGAAUAAGUGUUCUCUGAUCGUAAACUCCAGGAAGGCUGAUGUACCCCUGGCAGCUUUUACCUCUCUGAUUUUCUCCCCUCUCCCACUGAAAGCGCUGACCCCUCUGGUGACUCAACCAUAAGAAUGUGCUGGACGAAAGCAGGCCGAGGUCCACCGAGUUCGUCUUCCACCAUUCUGGCAGUCGCUCGACAUGUCGUGUCCCCAACUAUGCACUGUAUCCCCCACAUAUUAUUUUCUAGCAGAAAUCCAUCUUUUUUAAUAAUUUAAUUAUUUUAAUAAACAAAUAG